CGCGGGGCGCCGGGCGCAGCGGCCGGAGCAGGGUCCCCGGAAGCGCCAGCAGGCCGGGCGGGCGGGGGCGCCUCCACCUGGGUGGGGAAGGAGCCAUUGCCGGACCCCGCCUGGCCCAGGCGCAGGGGCUGUAGGGGGUGCCGAAUGCCCGCGUCGCCCCGGUGAUGGCGCGGCACGUGCGGUGACGGUGCCUGCGCCUCGAGGGUCCCUGCCUUGCGCCCCGCGUCCCCGGGUGAGCAUGGAGCGCCCGGAGCAUGAGCUGAUCCGGCAGAGCUGGCGGGCGGUGAGCCGCAGCCCGCUGGAGCACGGCACCGUGCUCUUCGCCAGGCUGUUUGACCUGGAGCCGGACCUGCUGCCCCUCUUCCAGUACAACUGCCGCCAGUUCUCCAGCCCAGAGGACUGCCUCUCUUCCCCCGAGUUCCUGGACCACAUCAGGAAGGUGAUGCUUGUGAUUGAUGCUGCAGUGACUAACGUGGAGGACCUGUCCUCGCUGGAGGAGUACCUUGCCGGCCUGGGCAGGAAGCACCGGGCAGUGGGUGUGAAGCUCAGCUCCUUCUCGGCGGUGGGUGAGUCCCUGCUGUACAUGCUGGAGAAGUGCCUCGGCCCCACCUUCACACCAGCCACGCGGGCCGCCUGGAGCCAGCUCUACGGGGCCGUGGUACAGGCCAUGAGUCGGGGCUGGAAUGGCGAGUAAGAGGAGGCCCUACCCAGCAGUCUCCCCGGGGAGGCCCCCGACUGUCUGUGUCUGUCUGUUGGUCUGUGUCUGUUGUAGCCCGGCUCCCCUGGGCCUCCCUGCAUCGUGGUCCUUGUCCCCUUGGCCGCACCAGAGAGGCGAUGAGCAGGCCUGGGCCUCAGUCCCGCUCACCCCCACCUGCAGACAGGAUGGCUCUUCCUUUAGAAAGGAGCUGCUGGAUUUCCUUGAAUUUCCCAUCGCUUCCUCCCUGCUGGCUUUCUUUCCCCUCUGGCUCCCCUCUUUGGCCAGAAGGAGGAGCGGCAGUGUUUUGGUGGCAGAGGUGGCAUGGGCCCCAGGAGGUUCAGGGCUUUGAGAGAAUGGGCUCUUCUGUCACCCUCCCUUCCCAGGUGAGCCUGGGCCAAGGCCAGGGAGCAGGGCACCUGUGCUUCGGGCGCCUUCCCAGCCGGCCUGCCUUCAGUGCUCCUUCUCUCCCAGGGGCCUUUGCUUUCCACAAGGAAAGAGACAGGAUAGCUUCAGCCUUCACCGUGGAAUCACAGGCAGUGGGGGCAGGUGACCAGGAGACCUGCUGAGGAAAGGAGAGGUGACCUGGCUCUGUGAUCUGGGUCUCCGGGGCCCACUCAGAUGCCACCCGACAGAGCAGUGUUUUUUGGUAAUGUCCUGCGGGAGCUCCCCUAUUAUUGCUCUGUAGGAACCAGUUAGCCAGCCGGGCUGGGGCAGGGCAGCUGAUGGCCAAGAAAGGAGGGAGCUGCAUUCCAGAGAGACCCGAGUCCCCGUGGCUCUUCCUCACCCCUGACCCCAGCGGCCCCUGAGUCUUCUUGUCCCCCAAUCCUUUCUGCCUCUGCCCCCAGGGACUGUAGGCCCGCAGCUCCCGUAUUUAAUACCUGCUGUGUGCCUGCCUUAGCUGGGUGGAUAGAAGAGAAAGCAGCAGGAGAGGCCCCCUACCCUCACCCUGAGCUGUCUCUCGUUUUAUCUUUUGCUGUGUGCUGUGGUUGUAUAAACUUAUGAGGAAUAAACCUGUUCCACGUGCCUCUCUGA